CGUCUGGCUGUGCCAAAGUUCAGUUCGCUUUGAAAUUUUGUUGCGUUUUUUCUUUUUGUCCUAAUCUUGUGACUUUGCUGUGAUGUGAUGUGUUGUGAUGUGAUGUGAACUGUCACUGAUAAUAAUUAUCAACAUCUUCAAUUCUCUCAACCAUGCCCACCACCUGUGUUUUCCAACUGGAUCGCCUUAAUCCCGUCUACAACAGCGGCGAAUACAUCAGCGGAAGGAUUUUGCUGCGCACGGAUAAAGUGAAGCGUGUGAAUGCUGUCUACGUUACGCUCGAGGGCGAGGCCAAGGUGCAGUGGUCCAUGAGCGGCAAAAGCGAGACCUCCAACUAUUCGGGACAUCAGCAAUAUCUACACAGCCGUACCAAUGUCUUUGACAACUCUCUCUUUCGUGCGGGUGUCCAUGUUUACGUGCUGACCCUGCGCAUUCCCCCCGACUGCCCCAGCACCUGUAAGGGUCCUUAUGGCUAUAUUGCCUACAAUAUCUCGCUGACCAUUGACAAGCCCUGGGGCUUCGAUGAGAUCUUUCGCAAGCCCAUCAAUGUCGUUCAAACACUGGAUCUCAAUUACAAUCCGGAGUUUGCGCUACCGGUUAAGGACGAGAAUAUCAAAUAUCUUUGCCAUUGGCCGUGUAUCUCCGGUCCGAUCAGCUCAAGUUUGGCAUUGCCAGCCUCAGGAUUUACACCAUUGCAGGAUGUGCCUUUCUGUGUUGAGAUUGACAACCAAUCGCCGCACUAUGACAUCAUUGGACUCGAGGUGUCAAUAAAGCAGCAUUUUGUGUUUCUCUCUCGCAAACCGGUUAAACGGAAUUUCUAUACCAAGACGCUGUGCAAAGAGCUGAUUACGGAUCGUACCUUAAGGCUAUCGAAGCGAGUCUAUGAGUCGAGCAUUUGUGUGCCCAUGGAUACGCCACGUUCCACUCUCAAUCCCAAUUAUAUUGUGUUUCUCCACUAUACGCUACAGGUGAAGCUGAAAACGGGCUGCUUUCACUAUGAUACGGAUCUGUCUGCUCCAAUUGUCAUAGGAACGACGCCCCUACAACAUUUGAGGGCCGCCAUUCUCAGCCAGCAACCCGUGCGACGAACUCCCACGCCGGAAAGACAGCGACUGAUUGAGCGAGUGCAGCCACGACCGGCAACGGUAACCGAGGAGCCGACACAGGAGACGGAAACGGCAGUGGAUGAAAUGCAUCAAGUGCUGGAGGAUGAUGAGCCACCCUCGUAUGAUAGUUGUCUGCCGCCUUCCUUUAGCUUUGCCACCUUGGGUGGCAGUCAACAGACGCUGGAGAGUCAGCCUUCUGGUCACCAGCGCAUCCACUUGCCCAAGUUUCCUGGCUUUAGCACAUUUAUUGGCACUGCGCCAGCUCAUGGCUUGGGAUUGGAGGACUCCGGUCUGGAUAUGCGUCAAUAUCGUUCCUAUGGCUCACUGGACACGGAUCACACUGGUCGCAGUCUAGACACUUUUGGAUCCCUCUGUGGUCCCUUGUCCGAGCAGGGCGAAGCUGAAGAGGAGCCUGAGGAUGGGGAACAGCUCAGGGUGCUGGAUGUUGCGGCUCAGGUGCAUGAUGUGGCGCCACUUCAGCCCCAGGAUGAGCAUCAAUUCUAAAUGAAAGUGUCUUAUAAUAAUCGAUGGUGGUAAUAUACGUAAGCAUCUACAAAUUUAAGUGUUCAGAGCUAAGGAUUCAAACUAUUUUUAGAAGGCAUCAUUAUCCGUCUUAUUGAAAGCGCUAACAGCUCAUAUUUAUACUUUACUGCCAUCCAAAAUUAAUUGAAUCGAACUUAUUAUGUGCCAAACUAAUUAUUUGUAACUUACUUUCCAUGGCUUUUUACAUGCACGAGUAC